UGCCGUAAUCACCGCUCCCGUCUGCCACCCUGCUGAGGUCAUCAAGGGUGAAAGCUGAUGGGAGCACAGGCUCAUCGCACGCCGCACGCCGCACACUGGAGCACCUCUCAGAGUCAGAUAGCGCUGAACCUGACACUUUCUCCUACCCACCGCAUACCUCACCUCCCGCAUCACGCCUAACAACCUUCUUUCCUCUGCUGCGAACUUCCGACCGGAGACAAAAUCCACUCGCACACACGUACUCCGUACCGUUUGACAAGCGCUCAGACGGGGGCGACUGGCUGACUUAACUUACCAAAACAUCAAACUCGCUCCGUCCUGUCUCUUCCAUCUUCAACCUCCAAACUCCCUCCCAUCGAAUCCCACCGAUCGACCUUCUGUCGCCCUCCGGAGAUAGAUCGAUACAGAGACGGCCAACAAAGUCUACUGCAUCGCUGGUUCGAUUCGACCUCGCCAGUAUCCUUACCGUUCCUCUGUUGCUUUCUUAGCUUCGCUCGGUCUUCCCGCCCGCCGCGUCACCUUAUCAUCCGCCGCACCCCCGAAGGGAACUCCAAGGCCCCCAAAAACCCAGCCCACUUGGCUCGUCGAAGCGGGGGGCUUUUCUGCACUGCACAGCACUGCACAGCCUCAGCUCUGCCUUUCGCCGUCGUUCUUGUCGUCGUCGUCAACGCCAAUCCGCACUACGCUACCUCUCACCAGCAAAAGCAUCCUUUUGCUGCAUUCCGGUCCAUAUUGUCGUCGAUAAUCUAUUCCGCCGUAUCGCCGCGACCGGUCACUUUCCAAACGUCAUCCACGAAACGUCCUCCUAACCCCUCAUUUGUUCCAAGAACGAACGACCUUGAUCUGAGCACGCCAGAUAUUUUGGGAGUCGACACCGUUGUCGCUGGCUAUCCCGCGACGAAAUGAGUUCCUCCCGCAAUGAUGCCGGGCAGCCCAACCGCAAGCCCAACCUCCGAGUAACGAUCAUCGCCGCCGAUGGCUUGUACAAGCGAGAUGUCUUCCGGUUUCCGGAUCCCUUCGCCGUCAUCACCGUCAACGGAGACCAGACCAAGACUACGAGUGCACAGAAACGAACUUUGAACCCAUACUGGAACGAGAGCUUCGACCUCAACGUGAACGAAGACACCAUUCUCGCGGUUCAGGUAUUUGACCAGAAGAAGUUCAAGAAGAAGGACCAAGGUUUCCUUGGCGUAAUCAACGUUAGGAUUGGCGAUGUGAUUGAGCUGGCACCGGACGCUGAUGAUCAAAUGCUCACGCGAGACCUCAAGAAGUCGACCGAUAACCUAGUUGUGCACGGCAAGCUGAUCGUAAACCUGUCAACAAACCUCACCACACCCGCGCGGGCCGGGCAAGCAUCAUCAAGCCGUCCCUCACUCGUCCCGCCUGCCCAAGGGUCCAGCCUUUCGACGCUCUCGGCCCCGGCGGCUGACGCUAGACCGGGCUCGGCCAUGGGUGUUCCGAAUGGCGGCCCAGCUCCUGGUUCUCAAGUAAACCUUCCGCACCGACCUGCGAGCAUGACUUCCACCGGUCCCCCUCCGGCCGCCAAUGGUGGCCCGCCUCCGGCACGCAACUCUAGCACACUGAGCCCCUUCGAGGAUGCGCAAGGGCGCUUGCCGGCCGGCUGGGAACGCCGAGAGGAUAACCUUGGCCGCACAUAUUACGUUGAUCACAACACCAGAACUACGAGCUGGAACAGACCGACCGUUGCGGGGGCCGUGGAACAGAGGAACGAUCGUGAAGCCGCAACCCAAGUGGAGCGCCAGAGACACCAGAACCGAACCCUCCCCGAGGAUCGAACCGGCGCGAGCUCCCCGACUCUGCAAGCUCAGCAAGCAGCCGCUCAAAGCGCAAACAACGCUACGAUGAUGCACACUGGAGCAACGAGUCCGGGCACUGGUGAGCUGCCGCCUGGUUGGGAACAGAGAUGGACUCCAGAGGGUCGCCCGUACUUCGUGGACCACAACACUCGUACAACUACAUGGGUUGACCCCCGCCGCCAGCAGUACAUCCGUAUGUAUGGAGGCCAGAAUGCCCAGAAUGGCACCAUCCAGCAACAACCCGUCUCUCAAUUGGGACCUCUGCCAAGUGGUUGGGAGAUGCGUCUCACGAACACUGCUCGAGUGUAUUUCGUGGACCACAACACAAAGACAACAACGUGGGACGACCCCCGUUUGCCGUCAUCCCUGGAUCAGAACGUACCGCAGUACAAGCGCGACUUCAGAAGGAAGCUCAUUUACUUCCGCUCGCAACCUGCGAUGCGCAUUCUUUCCGGACAGUGCCACAUCAAGGUGCGGCGGUCUCAUAUCUUUGAGGACUCCUUUGCAGAAAUCACUCGGCAGUCUGCUACUGAUUUGAAGAAGCGUCUCAUGAUCAAAUUCGAUGGUGAGGAUGGUUUGGAUUAUGGUGGUCUGUCCAGAGAAUUCUUCUUCCUUCUCUCCCACGAGAUGUUCAACCCGUUCUACUGCCUGUUCGAGUACUCCGCCCACGACAACUACACCCUUCAAAUCAACCCUCACUCCGGUAUCAACCCCGAGCAUCUGAACUACUUCAAGUUCAUUGGUCGUGUUGUUGGCCUGGCGAUUUUCCACCGUCGUUUCCUCGAUGCCUUCUUCAUCGGUGCCCUGUACAAGAUGAUCCUGGGUAAGUCGGUUGUUCUAGCCGACAUGGAAGGUGUGGAUGCCGACUUCCACCGCUCUCUGCAGUGGAUGCUUGACAACGACAUUUCUGGAGGAAUUCUGGAACAGACAUUCUCCACUGAGGACGAGCGCUUCGGCGUUAUGACCGUGGAGGACCUCAUUCCCGGUGGUCGCGACAUCGACGUCACGAACGAGAACAAGAAGGAGUAUGUUGAUCUCAUGGUGAAGUGGAGAAUCGAGAAGCGUAUUGCGGAGCAAUUCCAAGCCUUCAAGGAUGGCUUCCACGAGCUUAUCCCUCAGGACCUAGUCAACGUUUUCGAUGAACGUGAACUGGAGUUGCUCAUUGGUGGUAUCGCUGAGAUCGAUGUGGAUGAUUGGAAGAAGCACACCGAUUACCGCGGAUACACAGAGUCGGACGAGGUUAUUCAGUUCUUCUGGCAGACGAUUCGUUCAUGGGAUGGAGAGCAGAAGUCGCGUCUACUUCAAUUCGCGACGGGUACAUCGCGUAUCCCGGUCAACGGCUUCAAGGAUUUGCAAGGAAGUGACGGUCCCAGAAGAUUCACGAUCGAAAAGGCUGGAGAGAUUAACAAUCUUCCCAAGGCACACACAUGUUUCAACCGUCUGGACCUACCGCCAUACAAGAGUCUGGAAAUGCUUCAGCAGAAGCUUACAAUUGCCGUUGAAGAGACUAUGGGCUUCGGUCAAGAAUAGAUGCCUCAUACGUCCGAUGGGGCCAUGUCUUUGCGUAUGCGUCUAAGCAUGCGCAAAAAGGAUGAUGGAAGCACGAGCCUUCGCCACGUAGUGGCUGGAUCUUCACCGCUGUAUGUGAGGAGAGCAUGCGCGAAGCACAUUGCAUCCGGUACACGUUGGGGUGGGCUCGAUUCGAAGCUACUGCUAGUAUGAUUUCACAGCAUCAAAUUCAUUCGGAUGUUCGGCGUGCGGUAGGGAUACUUGGAAUAAACCUCUGAUUCUUCUUCUUUCUAUAUGUGGAGGGGUAGUGGAAAGUGAUGACGAGACGAAGCGACUGGAGUCGAAAUGUGGCAAAGUACGAGCAGAAUUGUCGAAAGGGAAACUGUUGUACCAAAAAGCUCCUUGGGUGUGGCAAAUUUGCAUCGAUACCGUUAGAUGUCUGCGAAGUGAGUCCGCAGCAAGGAGGGACUUAAUUUACCGCCUCAGGGAGGAGAGAGAGAGAGAGAGAGAGAGAGAGAGAGAGAGAUGCUUAAACGACCAGGGCUUCCGAGGGCAAGAGACAGGAAAGCUAAGCAAAGGGAUGACGGGCGCAUUUGAUUAUUCUCGGGCAUCACAACUCCAGUGCGAUAUCCGCAUCAGAUAUAUAGUUUAUAUACAUACAUACC